GUCGGCCCAGUCCAGAUCGAGGGCGCCGGGCGCUCGGUUGUACUCGGCCUCGCUUCGCUCCGCUCUCGCGCUGCUCAGGCCACAGCGUGCGCGGACAUUGAUGAUCGCCGCUCUCUUGUGUUUGCCUUAACAGACUUUUGAGUCCGAGUAAACACCUGCUGAUCUCUGAGGCUUCAGGCUCUGAUCUGCCUUCGCUAUUGCUGCUGUCUUCUGUCUAAUGUGCUACAAGGAUGAGCCCAGCAUUUGGAGCAAUGGAAGUGGAGCACUAUUCCAAAGGAGUCCUGCUCGAGCCUUUUGUCCACCAAGUUGGAGGACACUCCUGUGUCCUCCGGUUUAAUGACACGACCAUCUGUAAACCUCUUAUUCAGAGAGAACACCAGUUCUAUGAGACUCUCCCAACAGAAAUGCGAAAAUUCACUCCACAAUAUGAAGGUGUGGUAUCAGUGAGCUUUGAAGAGGAUGAAGAUGGAAAUCUAUGUCUAAUAGCAUAUCCAUUAAAUGGGGACCACGAUAACUUAGAAAACUUAGAUAACUCUGACUGUGAACCCAAAAGUAAGCUAUUGCGGUGGACUAACAAAAAGACAAUGUUGUUAGAAAAUGAGAAGAUAUCUAAGGAAUGGGUCCGGCAGCACAGGAAAGAGGAAAAAAUCAAAAAUCACAAACUGGAGGAAGAAUUUGAGUGGCUGAAGAAAUCUGAAGUCUUGUAUUACACUGUAGAGAAAAAAGGAAAUGUCAGUUCUCAGUUUAAACACCAUAAUCCUUGGAGCAUGAAAUGUCACCAGCAACAGUUACAGCGGAUGAAGGAAAAUGCAAAGCACCGAAAUCAAUAUAAAUUCAUUUUGCUGGAGAACCUGACGUCUCGGUAUGAGGUUCCAUGCGUGCUGGACCUGAAGAUGGGGACCCGGCAGCAUGGCGAUGACGCGUCCGAGGAGAAAAAGGCGAAUCAGAUCCGCAAGUGUCAGCAGAGCACCUCGGCUGUGAUUGGAGUGCGAGUCUGUGGCAUGCAGGUCUACCAGGCAGGCACUGGCCAGCUGAUGUUCAUGAAUAAAUACCAUGGAAGAAAACUCUCAGUCCAAGGAUUCAAAGAAGCACUUUACCAGUUCUUUCAUAACGGCAAAUACCUGCGCAGGGAACUCUUUGAGUCCGUUAUUAAAAAACUUACUGAACUCAAGUCUGUGCUGGAGAAACAGGAGUCCUAUCGCUUCUAUUCAAGCUCCUUGCUGAUCAUAUAUGAUGGAAAGGAAAGGCAGGAAGUUGCCGUUGACUCAGAUCCAGAGGACCUAGAGGACCUUUCAGAAGAAUCUUCAGAUGAGUCAGCAGGAGCUUAUGCCUACAAACCAACUGCCAGUACUGUUGAUGUCCGCAUGAUAGACUUUGCCCACACAACCUGCAAGCACUAUGGAGAAGAUAGUGUGGUGCAUGAGGGCCAAGACACAGGUUACGUUUUUGGACUCCAGAAUUUAAUAGAUAUUAUUAAAGAAAUAAGAGAUGAAAGUAGUGAAUAAACAGCAUGAAUGCACAUCAGUAGAAAGCACUAUUGUGACUCUUUGUAUUCCAAAAUUAUUGGCCACUUUCUGGUGGUAGGCAUCUUUACAGGCUCUGCAGAGAUGGUCCUGUCAGAGUCAGCCUGUCAGAGUCAGACUUGUUCAGAGGGCAUUUACUUACAUUGGUGCUGGACCUAGCACUGGCAAAACUUGGUAUCCUUAUUUAUUUUAACUUUCUUAAACAUUCCAUGUUUGAUUACUCAGAUACCUCUGUUACCCCUGUGUGUAUAUGUUCCAAUAAAAUUCUUUUUGUUCGUUGUAA